AUGUUUAUUCCAAUACCAGACGAUCGAAAAUCUCGUCAUUGGCUAUUCCAUGGAAAUGUAAUUCAUGCGAUGUAUGCAAGAAGUAUCCUUCUAAUUGCUUCUAUAUUACAAGAUGUCUUAUCCUCGUUCUUGCGGGUAGAAUCCGGCCAUCAAAGGAUAUUAAUUGAUGGACAUGUCUUAGCCUCGUUCUUACGGGUAGAAUCCGGCCAUCAAAGGAUAUUAAUUGAUGGACGUGAUCCAUAUGUUGGCUUCUUCACACAAAUUGAGUUCAAUGAACUAACUUGUGUAAGCGCUGUGACUAUACAUUGUCUUAAGCCACUAACUGGUGCUGAAGAAAUUGAUAUAUUAUAUUCUGAAUGUGAACGUGAUAACUGGGAAGUUGCACAUUACACAAAUACGAAAGAAACGUUCACGCUAAGAAAUGAAGUAAUUGCACGACGGUUAUCGAUAUGCAGUCCUCUUGAACUCGCAAUUAUUGAUGUUCAAGUAGAAUCAUCAGCAGCUGUCGACCAUCUAGGAUACAUCCUCGACGACAUGGUAAGCAAAAAUCCGUCAUCCGUGCUAAAGAUUAUGAACGACGAAGGCGGAAACGGUAAGUUGCAACUCAUUAGUGAACAAAAAACUUCUAGCUCUUCAACAACAAAAAAUAAAGCCGGUUUCUCUAUAGUUCUUUUAUUUGUUGUUUGUGUGAAAAAUUUACUAUAUGAUUCCCUUUGCGCAUAAUU